AUGGCUGACCACUCCGAAGAUCUGCCACGGCAGAGCCACGAUGAGAUUGACGCCUAUUUCGCCUCAUACCCAAGGUUUGCCUAUCGGAGGGAUCAGCCCAUCCAUUCCGAGCUGUCUCGAAUGUACGACACAUUUGGUUGGGGCCGUGAAAACCCCAAGCGAAAGAAAUCCUGGGCGCGAUUCCGCAUUGCAGUCAUCCGCGCCUUUAACUCAGCCUUCGGAUCUGAUGCGGAAAAUAUAACAUCGUGGCAGCGGAUCUGCCACUGCCUCGGGGUAGCACCCUCGCCGCGUACGCUGGGUGACGCACGAAAGGCUGUAGUCGAGACAUAUGUCAACCUGGUCGAUCUAUUACAGUCCGUUCGAAACGGCACCCCUGUCGAGACGUUCUCAACGCUAGAAGCUCUGCGGGCAUAUACCGUGGCGAAUAGGCUCUAUUUCCCGAAGGAUGAAGCGUACGAGGGGGCUCUCCUGCGAUUUCUCCUGAGGGAGAUUCACCAUGAGUAUAAAGGGAGACGCGGCAGGAGACCUAAAAACAAGCGCAAGGGUCGAGAACCUGGCAAGGCUGGACAGUAUCAUGAACCUGGAGCACCACGAAUGAAUCAAGCUGGGCGAGAUUAG